CGAGCUUUCCCGAAUGUGGUGGCGCUGUAGUUGCCUCCAGAGGGUUUGAGAAGAAUCGAGAAAAACAUUUAUAAAAACAUGGCUGGCAGACAGUUUUAUCCAAAUCCGUACAAUAAUACUGAUCUUCCACAAGGUUGGGAAAUGUUACACGAUCGUAAUACAGGUUGGCCUUACUUUGUAGACCACAACACAAAAAGUACGAGCUGGGAAGACCCUCGGAUAAGAAUGAGACAGCACGGUUUUGGAUAUCCAGAUCAAAAUUCAUUUUACUCCAGAGAAAUACCUGUGUUCCAUGAAAGUUCUAAACCUCCAAAAUGGACACAUCAAGCAGGACACAGAGCUGGAUCCCCAGCAGGACUUGGGUCUCCAAAGAGAAUGCAGUCACCAGGUCGAAUGGGGUCACCCCAGAGGACGAGUUCACCACCAAGUUCUGCUCCUCAACAAAUGCCAAUGCCACAGCCAUAUCAGAAUGUGAGAGAAAUACCAGUUCAUCACACAUCUUCGACUAAACCAAGUCAGCAACCAGAUCUUCAGGGAUAUACUUUCUAUAAAGGAAAUUCUGGAGGAAACCAAGGUGGCUAUCCUCAACAGGGUUAUCCUCAAACAUCACAGGGUCAAGGAUAUCCUUCAUCACAGGGUCAAGGAUAUCCCCAAGCACCCCAAGGAGGUUAUCCGCAACAGCAGUAUCGACAGAUGCCUCAGCCACAGAUGCCUCAGCCUGCUAAGGAGAUACCUGUGUACCACCAAGGAGAUGUGAAGUACCCUCCACAACAAACUGGGCAUCACCACCAGGUGCCACCACAACAAUACCAGCCCCCACAACAAUAUCAAACACCACCUCAGACACCAACAAAUCAGACCCAGCCUCCACAGCAACAACAGUAUCAUCCAAAGUCGCCAAAACAGGUCCGGCGUCAAGACAAACCAUCACAGAAAACUGCUGAAGUUCCUAAAACGGAGACAAAUGACAGUGAACAAAACAUGACUUCCAGGGAACCUACAGCACAGAAGAGUGCAGAUCAAAUGGACAGUGCCCCAACAGAAACAAAGAAAGAUGAAAAUUGUCCUUUAAAGAGGAUAGAAAAAAUAGUCGGUGAUACAGCACAUAUAAAAGAAGGAGUAAAUGCAUUUUCAGGAAAAAAAUCGGACAAACAAUAUAAAUAUCUAGAGGAAAUGUUAAAUAGAGGGAUUUUAAAAUUAGAUGGAAUUGAGGCCGGUGAUGAUGAGGCUGUGCGAACAGCACGGCGGACAGCAGUGAAGGACAUGCAGUCAUAUCUAGAUCAGUUGGACCUUAAAGCUUUUGUAGAGGAAGAACCCAAAACAGAAGAACCAAUGAAAACAGAUUCUAGUGAAACUAAUCAGGAGAGCUUGGAACCAAUGGAAACGGAAGAUAAAGAGGAAGUCAAGAAGCAGGAACCAGAGGAUAAUGCUGAUGCAUCAUAACCAGAUGUUGUGUCCUUUAACAUAUUCAAAUUUGAGGUGGACAGAGUGCAUGCUUAUUUAAACUUAGUGAUAGCAAUGUUUGUAUGGAUAGAUAUUUUUUUGUUUGUAAAACUGCUUUUGAAGUUGUUUUUGUUAAUAUGUUGAGAGAGACUGUUGAAUGGUUAUUUAUUACUUUUUUUUAAAUAUAUAUAUAUACAAGUAAAUAUAUCAGUGUUACAAAAGGUCAUUCAGUACUACAAUUGUGAUGCAAUAAAAGGGAAGUCGAAGAUCUGUAAUUUUUAUUUUUUAAUUUUUUUUUAUUUGGUGAACAUUUGAGGCCAAGACCAUUGAAAAGUUGCAGAGGAUAUGCUUAGAUUAUUAAUGGUUUGAAGUAACACUCUUUUUAACAUUUUUGCCUAUUAACAUAAAAUCAUGCUGCACAUUAUUUGUAAUUCAUUGGAAUUAAGUUGACUGCAAAGAGGGUUGUUGAAAAAUUCAUAUUUAGUAGUAAACACAUCAUUUGCAUUCCAAAUCGUCAAUGAUGUUGUGUAUUGUACCAUAAUAAUCACUUUUCAUUAAUGGUAUUCACAAUGAUAUUGAACACAAAAAACAAAUUUCAAAUGAAUUUUAUUUUAAUGUUUAUAUGGAACUUUUUUUCACAAUGCAAAAUAUGGUUGCAUUUAAUCAUCAGUAGUACCACAAGGCUUGCUAAACAUCAAUAAAUUUAUUUAAAGACAA